AAAACAAAAGCGCUGAUUAAGGUAUAUGCUCAUGUUUUAUGGCAUGUGUUUUCAUACAACUAUAACGUUCGAUUUCGGUGUUAUUAGGGAACUAAAGGCAAGGAUUCAUAAGACAUAUCUUUUAUAGAGAACUUAGAAGUGAAGGAUCGCGGAUGGGCGACUAUUUCUUUAUAUGAAGGUUCCAAAAAUGAUUUAUACAAGGAAAUUCGGAUGAUAUUGGUACAUAUUUCAAAACGUGCUGAUCGACCAUAGAACCCUAAGGUUAUAUUAGAAAACCUUGGAGUAAUUAACCCCGGUUAUCUGGUCAAGGAGAAACUCUGAAAGAACAUCUAGUUGCAUAACUAUUGACUCAGGACGGCAUGGGGCUGGUGAUCGGGAUCACAGCGUGCUGCUGUGCUUACUGCGCAGUCAAAAAGAAGCGGAAACAGAAGAUGAAACGACUCGCGGAAGCCAGGGCAGCGAGCGAAGAGAACGGACUCGACGCCGAUGCCGAAAUCCCCGUCGACGAGAGCAUGAUAAGGGGGCAAGUCGACGACACCACCGACGACGAGCUCAACGCCGACUAUCCUCUGCGGAGUGACGGGGUCCAAGUCAGAAUGGACGAGGACCCGCCACCUUAUCACGCGGUUUCUGUUCCCAAGGAAACGGUGCUGGAAGAGCUGGACGAGACGGGUGGUGAGAAUAUUGGCGGGAGAAAACAUUCCUCGAAGAAAGUAAAAUACAGCCACCUCUCUGAUACAGCAACGGUCGUUGGCACAGCAACAGAGCAGAAGGCAACGUCAUCUGUUGAAAAGGAAAGGAGUCACGUGGCCUCGCAAGAAGAAGCUUUCAUCAAGGAAGUCGUCGAUAAAAUGUCUGAAAUCGAAGACGAGGGUGCGUUCGAGGGUGGCAGUAGAAAACAAUCUUCUAAAAAGUACAAAUAUUCGCCACUAAAGGCACCGACAAGCGGAGAAAGAAAGAGAGUUAAGUCUGGCGAUUCUCAAAAAGACUAUGAUGAAGUUAGGUUAUCGAUAUCUAACGAUGUGUAUGUAGAUGAACCUGCGACCGAAGUUUGAUUUUACCAAGCAUAUAUGGAUCAAUUUUUUUUUUGUUAUAUAAUCUCCUAAAAAAACACCCAAGGACCAGAUAAAUCACUGAUUUGUUUUGUUUUGGUUUUUUUUUAAUUUCAUUUUGAUGUUCGCAUGCUUCUCUCAAAAGUAUAAAUUUUGGUUACCAGUUUUUAGUCCACGAUCAAAGAAAACAUGACGGCUAAAACCAGCUUUAUUUUAUGAUUCUAAUGUAUUAUUAGCCUUUUGCAAAUGAUAACUUAAUGUCAUUAUCUGAUUUGCGUGUUCAUUAAGGAAGUUUGGUAAACCAAUUACUGCAUAAAUGUAUCACAGCGUCUUAAACCGAAUAGGGGGCACUCUAAUUAACAAGCUUGCUCUUUGGAUAUAGCACUCCUGUUUUUAUGGAACAAGGGCAAUUUGAUUAUUUGUAUUGACAUUUUUAUGUUUUGCAUUAUUUUAAGUUUAACAACAUGGAAAUGAACCCAACGAAUAAAACGGUAUGAGAACGUUUAGCUGAGAAAUAUUUAACAAAACAACGCUACCCGCACACCCCCCCCCCCCAAAAAAAAAAUUGAGCUUUAUUUAUGCGUUAGUGGAGGUUCAUGCAUGUACAAAUAUAUAGGCGGAGUGGGGGGGGUUCUGGAUGUACCGUAUGAUUGCAACAUCUUUUCCAAAACAUGAAACGAAAUAUCUGAUGGCCAAAGACUUGCUCUUAGUCAGUAAAUCAGGGUGUUUUCGUUUAUCAUGUCUGUAAAUAUUAUACUUUAAAGAUUAUGUUGUCGAAGAGGAGGUCAACCCGCUUUCAAGUUGACUUUAAAAAAGAAGACAAUUGCAGAUGUUGGCAAAGUUUCGUCAAAGAAUAACCUUGAUGUUGCGUUUUCAAGUUUCUAAACUUUGACGUCACAUGGGAGAAUCUUCCCACAUAUGCUGUGAUGAGUGGCAGAUGGGGGGGGGGGAGGCGUUACUCGUAGAGAAAAAGUGUAACAAUUUGGAAAAUUACAAUAAACGUGUGUUGAAAAACCAUCCCUUGCAUGCAUCAAUUGGGUGGACGUGAUUUGAAUGAUCACUUUGGGGGUGCCAGGGCGAAGUUUUAAUGGGGGAAGUCCUAAAAAGGGUGAGAAUAUUUUAGACUGCUUGUCUCAAAAGUUUUGAAGAAAAGUGCCCCCCCCCUCCCCUUUUGGAAUACAACAACAAACAAUGACUGUAAUUUAUAGACAAAUUUUAUUAUCUUAAAGACAAAUUUGUAUUGUAUGGAGGUCAUGCUCACAUGCAUGUGAAUUAAAAACAUAUAUAAUACUUAAAAUCCCAUGACUCUGUUAUUCAACACUGGAUUAUGAAAAAUAUUCAUUAGUAUUUUAUAUAUUUAUUGUAAUAUUUAUCAGUACCAAACUGAUGUCACGGCGCACUAUCACUUUGAGCUUAUUUCAGCUAAGAUUCUGAGUGUUAAACGCUAAACCCCUUUUUUGUUACAGUAUGAGUUAAAUUAUGUAGUAUAACUGCAUGCAUGAACAUUCUAUUUUGCUAAUAUUUUGCGUUUUUAUUGUGUGCAAACUUCAUUUUGGCAGUAAUGACGUCAUUAGUUUGAAUGAUUGAUAAUAUGGUGUCAUAUGAUAUUACAGUAGGCAUAAUGUCAAAUGUUUUGCAUUUUCAAUGAUUGUGACGCAUGAUAUUUUGUUGCUACCGUUCUUGUUUACUUCAGUGUUUUUUUUUUUUAUAAAAUGAAAUAAUUGUAUUUUAGCUUUCAAAGGCGAACAUGACAUGUGUUCCUUAACUUGCUGGUUUGCAUUUUGCCUGUCGAGAUAUUAAACGUGAUGACAAAUAGGCUUCGAAAUAAGAAGUUAUGCAUUAUUUCUUUUAAGAAUUAACUCUUUGAAAGAUCGCCAAAUUUCGUUCUUUUUUUCGUCUAAACCAUUUCUUAGAAGUAUACCUGUAUUGGGGUGAACAAACUUUGGUUGAAAUUUAAUUUUAUUUACCCUUGUAUUAUUUUUUUUUGUUCUGCCAAGGGUUAAUAAACUUUUUGUAGACAAUGAGAGCAUACUAUUAUGUACAUUUCUUUGCUUCUUUAUGAUAAGUACCAAACUUGACGUAAUGGUAAACUUCCCUUUUUUAUUCAAGCUAAUACAGAUAAGUGUAAAAAGCAAAACUUUUUUUAGUAUUAACAGAUAAGUGGUAUAAUCUCAACUCACAUUAAAACUGCAUGAAGAGAAAUCUUUUGGGUUAUUCUUUUUUCUUACAUAUUGCGAGUAAUCAACACUUUGAUAGUAAUGACGUCAUUAGUACAAGUGACUGAUAAUACUGAUGAUAUUAAAGUAAGUUUGAAUAUUUUUGUUAGGGCCUUUCAUGUUUAUACUUACGUGUCUCUCGUUAAAAAAUGUUUUUCACCUGUCAAAGGCGAAAAUUUCAUUAGUUCCUGUCUUGAGGAAGAUUGUAGAAAAGAAUAGAUAUUCACAUAACGCCCAUGGGUCUUUUUUUUCUGCAGCAUUACCAUUGUUAGUUGGUAGCGAACGUCAUUUUAUGCAAACUCUGCUUAGCAAAACUAACAUUGUUAUCAUACUGGUAUUUGGAUUUAUUCUUCAGACUCAAAAUCUAAUUAUUACAAUGCUAACAUUUGAUUUUGUUUAAGGGGACAAGAGUCGACCAAACGUAAACUCAUUAUCACUUCGAAGAUGAUUUGUCACUGUGUUUAAAUUUAGAAAACAUGUUUACAGCCAUAGACAUCAAUCAGGGGAGGGGCUACAGUGUUGGGUGCCCCCCCCCCCGAUUUUUAUCAUUCUUUAUGAUGAAAAAAAGAGGAACAAAACUAAAAAAAAUUAAAAAAAAGAGGGGGAAAUUGAAGAAAGAAAGGAGUUUAAAAAGGAGGUCCCUAGCCGUGCCACUUAACUACUAUAAUUAGAUUGAGGGAAAUGAUGUCACGUUCAGGCAGUAUACUUGCAAAACAUCAUGGCGCCGCCUCUGAUAGACCCUCCUAUGCGAAAGGUACCAUAUUUAAACAAAUGGGUUUAUAUUUAUCCAACAUUCCCUCCAACCACCCCCUCCCCCUCCACUGCCUUCUUAACUUCUCUAUCCCAAAGUGAAUAUAAGUGGUAUCGAUUUUAAUUACAUAGUGUUAACAUGGUUAAGGGAGAUUGGAUCGACGGAGAACCGAAAAUGUGUUGAAAGACCUCUGACAAGAAAUGCCGAAAGCAUGAAAGUUUUCGUCGUUAAUAUAUUUCAUUUAGCCGUUGAGGCAAUAGAGGGACCAUAUCCUGUUCGAUUAUAAGAAAUAUUUAUAAGAAGUUUGUUUGUAUACAUGGAAAGUACACUCUAAAUCUUGUUUUGUCAUCACUCACUGGUCUGACUGGCUAUCUAUAGGGGCUAGUGUCCUAAUUUGCGAAAUUGUAGAUGAACGGAGCAGCAAGCAGGAGGCCACCAGGCCCCACCAGGAUGUCGCUAGUGAUUCCGGUGAGCGAUGCAAAACUGUAUUUUGGGUAGCCUUUGUAUUUUGUAAUUUAAGAUCUAUUUGUAGAAUUUGUUUACAUGUAUAUGUGUAGUUUUUUCUGUAAAUAUCCAAAAAAAACGUUGCUGGGCAAGCGCCAUGAGUAAAUGCGCAUAAUAAUACAUCACCAUUAGUAUUACUAUUAUUCUUUCUAUUAUCAUGAUUGUCAAAAUGAUGGAUGAUAAAUUGCUUAUUGAAAUGUCAAGGAUUUUCAUAAGGAUAUGAUACUUUGCUAUUCUGUAAAAGUAGUAAGUCAGAUAAAAGGUUGAUCCUGCUCAGAAAGUCGCAAGCCACAAGCCUAAUAUACUAUCAUAUAUUUUAUGACACUAUUAUGCAAUGAUAUCAUAAUGAAAUGGCCUACAUGGUUUAUUAUUUCGUUCAUCUUGAUUUAAUAUUGCUUGUAUAUAUGCUCACGGAGUUAAUGUGUUGUAUAGUGUAAUCAUGGGAGUCCGCAAAGGAUUAUCUUUUGUGUUUAGGGACGCAAUAUUUGAUCCCCCUCCAUGAACAAAGGAUAAUCAUCUGCGCUGACGGCGAUGAGUGUAUUUAUAUUGUCUAAGUAUGUAUUUGUAAUAUGGUUUUGUUACAUAAGAACAAAGGCCUGCAUGAUAAAGUACAACGUUUAAGAUAAAGCUCUGAUUUAUUUCGUUGCCUUUCACGCAUUAUGUUAUUAAGCUUCUGUGUAUGAUUUUCAAUUUUAUGUUGACUGUGUGUUAGAUUACAAUACAUCUUGCGAUUAUUUUUACAUAUAGCUUUAUCAUAGAUAUUUGUUUUCUUUUAUGCAUCCCCCGUCCUUCUUAUUUUCUGAUUAAUCUCCUUUUCCCCCUUUCCUCCUUUUUCUCUUUCCCAACUUUCUCCUCUUCUCUCCAUUCUCUUCUUUUUAUCUUUUGAUUUCCCCCUUCCUUUUUCUUCUUCUUAUCCUACUCUUUAUACUGCUCCUCCUUCCUUCUAUCAUCUAUUCCUUCGUCGUUCUAUUUUCCUUCUUAUCUUUUUCUUCAUUUUCUUUUCCUUAUUCUUCAUUUCCUUAUCCUUAUUUUUCAAUGUACAUUCGUAGAGAAAAAGUCAAACUGAAACCAGCAAUACCGCACUUGACAAAAUUAUGUGACAUGAUAGAGUCCAUUCUUUUAUUACACUAUUGCUCGCAUAAAUCAACUUAAUUUGGAAGAACGCCAAAUUUUGUCAAUGUUCAUUGGAUUAAUUUCCAAGGAGGAUAAGUUGUAUCGGGGUGAGCAAACUUUGAUAGACCAAAGGAAACCUUUUUACCCUCUUAUGUAUCUGACUUGGUUGUGUCUGUACUGCCAAGGGUUAACAAACUUUUUAGGCAUCGAUACCACGGAUAUAUUAAGCGAGGUAUAACCAGGUGCUUUUUUCAGCCUGAAAAUAUUAUGAUUUUCAUUAAAAUGUUCAUGAUGUUUCUAGUCGAGAACAGCGAAUAUCA